AUGAAUAGAGAAAGCACAGUAACAUUGACUCCAAAUAAGUUGGAACUAGACUCAACAAAAACAAGCUUAAAUAAUUUUAUUGAUACGUGUAACAUAAUUAAUAAUUAUAAUUUGGAGACAGAUAGUGAAAAUGUCCCAUGUGGCGAAGGUAGCAUCAUUGAUUAUCAAUGCAGUAUAACAUGUUCUUGUAGACUAGGAGAUAAAAAUAAGAAUGAAACGUUUAUUUCACCUUCUGUAGAGCAAAUAAAAGAUGAAUUAGAAAUAUCGGAAAUAUGUCAGUGCAAUAGCAAAACAGUCAUUACUGAAUGCAAUAAAGAAAAUUGUUGCAAUGAGCAACAUCUACAAAGUGAUAUUAAAGAAAACUGUUCAGAAAAAAAUAUCGAAUAUUUUGAAAGUAAGGUUCAUAAGACAUUAAAAGUUAAACGCCUUCCAAACGUAGAUGGUACUGUGCAAGAAAUAAUAGAGUCAAUAACAGUUAGAACAAAGAAACACGAUCCUUUUGGAAAUAUUUUGGACACUGAACAAGAUGAAAGUGAAGAAUUAUCAUUUCAAUUGUCGCCAGAGGAAAAUUAUGAUGAAUGA